AUGGCAUUCCACUCGCCUGUCCGAGGUCAGGAGUGGAGGAAUUCCGUACGACCAGACAUUCCAAUAUGGAAGACCAGUUUCGAUCACACUCGCUCUCACAUUCCCGAAGACGAAUUUCGGCAACUACCUCUAAACUCCGACAGUACCGCCCCAGAAUUUCCAACCCCAGAUUCCGGUUCGACUUAUGAACCAUCGUCAUCUCCGCCAGAUGCCCCUGAAUCAACAGCUCGUCAAGUGUCUACUAGAUCUCGAGUUAGCUGUGCCCCAUCCGAUGUGAGGCAUUGCUCACGGUCGUCACAAUCACCAGACCCCGAUUCGAAACCAGCAACACGCCGCAAGCGAGCCUUCAGCCAAGUUCCGUCUUCUCCAUCUGCUCAACGCGUGGCUCGACAAAGAGACACGAAUAAUGAUAAAGGCCCAGACAGCCAGUCCCGCCACCGCGAUGCGCAAUUUUGCACCCAGCGAUGUUUGCUCGGGUUGCAGUCUGGAGGUGUUCUAGACAACUGUUGUCCAAAUGUAAUGCUCCAUCGUCAAAGCAAGGAUGAUCUGCAGCAUCCGAUUACUUCAGAAGACUUGGUCCGUCUACUCAAGGCACAAUUGGACGAAAACAUUGACCGUUGUAAACCCCUUGGAAAUUGCGGGGCGUACGGUGCGCCGUUCAAACUUACUUGUGUCGUAUACGGCUACACUGUCAUCGGAAAAGGAACCACAUCGGAGCUGUGGAAAGAAGUCUCCCGCGAAGCGGAGGUAUACCGAGUUCUGCAGAAGGCGCAAGGGUCCGCUGUGCCUGUUUUCUUGGGUACCAUUGAUUUGGCGAAAAUCUAUUUUCUUCAUGGAGCUGGAAAGAUUCGUCAUAUGCUUGUGAUGGGCUGGGGGGGAGAAAACACAGCAUCGAUGGUGCUGACGCCGUGGCUCCACCGGGAAAUUCGCAAAUCAAACAAAGAAAUCAAAGCCCUGGGAAUCAUUCAUGAAGAUUUACGGCGUGACAAUGUUCUUUGGAAUAAAGAACUUGGCCGGGCAUUGAUCAUCGACUUUCACCGAUAUACAUUGAAAUGUCGGCCGACUUUGCAGCGAUCACGCGCGGUAAAACGACAACUAUGUCUACCGGAGACGAGAGAUCCAAAACGUCUUUGUGUAACGUGA